CUCUCUUUCUCUAAACUCAUCCAUUGCUUUUCUCUUUGUGAUUUUCUUCUCUGAAAGUCCAUUUUUUCUCAUGUCUUUUCUUUGAUGCACAAAUUCUUCAAAACUGACACAAAUAUGAAGUUCCACUAAAUUUAAGGGUUAUUAAUUUGUAUCUUCAUGGAGAUGGUGUUCAUGGUAACAGGAAGGUGCAUCAUAUAUAUAUUAGUAUCCUAUUUUCUCCCUUUUCUACCAACUUAAAAAAACAAGUUAUGAUGAGGUCCUAAGUAUACAAAAGCACCACUCCUUCUUUUCCUCUCCUUUACCUUUUCACCCAUGAGUCAUUCGAUAAAUGUCGUCAAAGAGAAGAAAAUAAAAACGGUUCAUUUAUUAUUUUUGUUGGAAGUUGGAACCCAGAUCUCCUAUCUGUUUGGGAGUUUGGCAGUGAGAGAGCAAUGGAAGCAGGGUUAGCUCCAAAUUCAUGCACAACAAGGGGAGUGUUAGAGAAGAAGACAAGCCCACAACCACAAGAGCAAGUGAAUUGUCUAAGGUGCAAUUCAACCAACACUAAGUUCUGCUAUUACAACAACUACAGCCUCACACAACCCAGAUACUUCUGCAAGACAUGCAGAAGGUAUUGGACAGAAGGAGGGUCUCUCAGAAAUGUCCCAGUUGGAGGUGGUUCAAGGAAGAACAAGAGGAUCAUUACCUCAGCUUCACCAAAGGUUAUUCCAGACUUAAAUCCACCAAUUCCAAAUGCAAGCCUUAAUAAAGUGCAACAAGUAGGCCAUGAUCUUAAUUUGGCUUUUCCAGCUAUGGGGAAUUAUCAUCAUGGUCAUGGCAUGUCAUCUCCAUAUGUUGAAAUGGGUCAUGAGACCAGUAAUUACCAUAUUUCUUCUUCUUGUUCUGCAGCUCCAAUUGAUUUAUUAAGGUCUGGCUUGGUGGGUUCUAGGGGUUUGAAUCCUUAUGUUGUGAUGCCAAUGAGCUCAAAUUCCCAUUACCCUGCAUCUGGGACUGGGUUCCCCAUGCAGGAAAUGAAACCAACCCUUGGGCUGGGCUUUUCACUUGAUGGGCUUGAAAACAGAUCAUAUAAUGGGGUCCAUGAGAAUAAUGGUGGAAGUGGGAGACAUUUGUUCCCUUUCGGAGGAGACAUCAAGCAACUUUCUGCUACAACUACUAGUGUUGAACUUGAAGUGGAACACAGUAAUAAAGAAGAAGGAAAUAACUCAACUGGAUAUUGGACUGGAAUUAAUGAUUGGUGAAGGGUCAUCAUCAUGGUAAUUAAGGAAAGUAAUUAAGGGAGAACAAGAAAAUCCAGCAUGACCUGUUUGAAGGUGUUCAGAACUAACAAUAGGAUACAUAUUCGAGCAAUGUGAGGAUUUUACAGCUCUCAUCUUGUUUUUCUUUUUAUUAUAUAUUUAAAGAUAGAAGAAGAGGUGAAUAUAGGACCUGCUCUUGCUUGAGUCAUACAACCUGUAUUCAUGAAUUCUUCUGUCAGAAUUAAGUAGAUUGAUCACCUUUAUUGGUGUAUGCUUUAUGAAUGACUUUUGGUGAUUAAGGAAGGAAAGACUUAGAUGUUCGAGUUUGUAAGUGUAACCAUGCAUAAUAUUACUAUAUAUUGAUUGAGUGGAGCUUUGUUCAA